AUUGCCUAAACCUAAACUAAAACACACACCACCAUGAAACCGAAGGCGAAAUCCUACGAGGCCAGGUUGAAAGCCCAAUUUUAAAGCCAGGUCCCACGUACAGGGCAAUGAAAAAAAAAAAACAAGGUAGCACGCCACCAAAAACUUACCCCCACUCUUUUCUUCAGCGCGUGCAGGGCUUUAGAACCUGCAAAGCAGGCGUGCGACUGUGAGUUGCCUGCUGUGAUGGAUCAUGCCCACAUGAGAGGACACCAAACUCUGUCCCCUCCUAACUGGCGCAACACCAUGACACGCGCCUCCAACUAAGAUAGGGCCAACACUUUUUUCUUUUUCACAGUGGAUGAAGUGCUUGUAUAUUUCCACUUGAAGAAACAAAGAAUCGAAAGAAAACCAAAUAAAGCAAGGAAGGCACAAGGUUAAAAUUCAAAAUAAGGCUAAAAAGGAAAAAAAAUCUGCUAAAUUUUGGAUGAGCUAAUGCUUAAGUUCCACCCAAUACACUAAUAGUGGAAAAGUCAGACUCAGACAGAAGGUUUCCUCAAUAUACUAAGGAGACUAAGUAAAUUAUAUUAUUUAAUUUUCAGGUAACUGUUAAUUUGCAGUUUUAAGAAGAUGUAGUGAGACAAAGCUUGGCUGUCCUUUAUUUAUUUAUUUGGAAACAAGAACGUUACCAUACCAUAAUUCCAACAGCAAAAGUAAAUGCCCCCUCUUGCACAUAAUACUAAAUACAAUCACCUCCCUCUCUCUCUUCUUUCUUACAUGAAAACUCAAACCCAACAUCAUCAACCACUGUCUUUCUCUCUCCUCUGUUUUUCUAACACUGAGAAGAAGACAAAGCUCCCCCUUUGAUUUCUUCACCAGAUCUCUUCGUUUUACAGAAACACCCACUAAUGCCCCCAUCGAAAUACACCCUCACAAACAUUCAAACUAUAACUAGUUAACUACAUGCUUUUUAUAGUUUUAUCUAUAUCUACACUAAAAAUUCACAAGCACAGAAUAGAAGAAAAGCAAAGUUUUUUUUUUUUUUUUGGAAAAAUAAGCAAAAUUUCGUAAGUAAAUGAGGUGUGAGAAACAUCUUACCGACCUGAGUAGCAGCGUCGGCGUCUGCGCCACUUGUCUCCGAGAGCGGCUUCUAGCGCUGGUCGCCGUCCAGGCUCAGGCAGAGGCACAAGUCCAACAGGCUCAAUUAGCUCGGGCUGCAGCUGCUGCAACCGCUGCUGAGGAUCGUCGGAAACCUGACACGCCUCCCCUGGUUUUCCCUCGGUCUGUUUCUCCUUACGUUAGUCGACGGAAAUCUGACGACAACAGUGUCUCGUGGAUCCACAAACAGCGAUUUUACAGCACUCCUCAGGUGGGCCCCAACUACAGUACCACAACCACCACCGACUUUGAAGCCGUCAGAACUUUCAAAAAGAAAAACAGGUUCUCGCUUUUUUUGAAUCUGUUCAGGUCGAGAUCCGAGAAAUUCAAUUCUGAUACUAAGGUUCAUUAUCAUCGGGAUUCGUGCGAUGAGCCAUCCUCGUCAUCGUCGUCCCCGUCUUGGUUCUCGACAAUCUUUGCUGUUCGUCGAAAAAAGCAGCAAUCUUCGAGGACAUCUCAUGUAGAAGAAUUUGGCCAGUUCGGCCCUAGCGAUCGGAGAUCAUGCUCGAUCAUAGAUCGGGGAAUGUCGCCCACGAUUGAAGUGGAUUUGGGAGACGAGUGUGAUCGAUUGCCAUCUAGAAGCUCCCUGCAGGUUUCCCCGCAGUGGAAGAGGACACCGACGGUGGCGAGGAGAGUGAGGGCCGGGCCGAGGAACGUGCCGGGAUUAACGUUUUGCUUAAGCCCGCUCGUGAGGGGCCACUGGACUCAGAAGGGCGGAUUGCAGUCUGACAUAUCGUUUACAGGCGAAGGUAGGCCGUCGAUGAAGCCCCACCUGGCCACCGCGGCGGGGUUUUGCGCAAAUAGGUCCAGGAAGCUUGCUGAUUUUGGCAGAGUCAAUCAUAACCGUUGACAUUUGACCACAGUGAUUGCGAACGUACUGCAAGUAUUAUUUAUCAAACUGCGGUUUUGCCAUUGCUUUUCUACAGUUUUUACUCUCUGUGAUUCGUAAAUUACUAUUGGUUUUUUUGUAAAAUGAGAGAAAAAAAGAAAAGAAAAUUUUGUUGUUACUUGUAAACGUAUGCUUACUACUAGUAUUAAAAAAAAAAGAUUAAUUUUUGUUACUGUACAAUUAUCACCUGAUUAUCCAUGG